UACUGACUGAAACGUCUUUUCUCUUUAGAUGUGGAACCCAGUCCAACCCCCAAAAAACCCAGCGCUGGCGACGACUUCAGCUUAGAAGACGCCCUUGGCGGUGGAGGCCACAAUGACCCAGUACCGCCCGGUCCACCGAAGCCAAAACCUAGCCCAAGACCCAACCCAAAACCCAACCAGCCAGGAACAUCUGGUGGAUUUUCAGAUUCCGACCUCCUUGAUGGGAAUUCAGCGGGAGGUGGCGGCAGCGGCGGAGCAGGAGGUGGAGGCAGCGGUGGAGCAGGAGGAGAUCAGAGGCACGAUGGAGAAGGACCGGCUGAGUCCCAGGGCGUGGUCCCCGGCAUCGUGGCGGCUGUCGUCAUGGCCGUGGCUGGGGCCAUCUCCAGCUUUAUCGCCUACCAGAAGAAGAAGCUGUGCUUCAAAGAGAACGCCGACCAAGGUGACAUCAACAUGGAAAGCCAUCGGAACACCAACGUGGAGCCGCCCGUGCAACGGACUCUUCUGGAGAAAUAGAGGAGCGUGGCAGCAAAAACAGCCCAACAUUCACAGCAGGAUAACAAGGCUCACCUGCUCUGCCUCCAAGAAACAAACGCCUGCACAGGCAGAGCCCGCCCCGCUGGGAGCCGCCCCACCAGCCCCACCAGGACCAGUCGCGCCGGGAACGGCUUCUGUCUUGCCUUGCCUUCGCGCCCGCUGGAUUCCGCGUUUCCAUCCUGAGAUGUGUUUUGCUUGUUGACGUGCCGGGUCGAUGAUGGUGUUGACUAACAUGGCGUUUUUGCAUCCAGAGGGUAAUUAACGGUCACCUUUGCCGAGGGCCUUAAGGGUUCCCACGUGAUGUGAAAACCUGACCAUCACAAAACAACCCCCCCCAUCCACUGUCGUCAUCAUUCAAAUGUCAGAAACCCUGGGCCAUUUACAAAUCACAUGUCAACUGAACGUGUCCGAAACUUGUCUAGCAUGCACACGUUCACAGAGGGAGGUAAGCCAGCAAUGAGUUCCCUCAAAAUUCCUUCCAUUGGUUAGGAUUUUUUUUUUUUUACACCAGACGAAUAAAAAGAAAUGAGAAACCACA